AUGACCGGUUCCAAACUCUUCCAGCCCAUCAAAGUCGGCAACCUUACGCUGAACCACCGUAUUGUCCUUGCCCCGCUGACGCGAAACAAGGCAUCGGAGAAAGGCCAUGUCCCAUAUGUUUCUUUGGUGAAAGAGUACUACUCGCAGAGAGGUAGUGAUCCCGGCACGCUACUGAUUACGGAAGGAACCUUCAUUGCCCAUAAAGCUGGAGUUCUAAAAUACGCGCCUGGUCUGUGGACACAAGAACAGUUAGACGCGUGGAAAGAGGUGACUGACGCCGUCCAUGCCAAAGGCAGUUUCAUCUUUUGCCAGCUCUGGGCUCUAGGACGUGCGGCAGACUGCUCCGCUCUCAAAGAAGAAGAGCCUUCUCUUGAUCUCGUCGGUCCUUCCCCCACCAAAAUCACCAACUCUUCCUCAACCCCGCGUGCACUCACCAUCGACGAGAUCCACGAGUACCACCGGCUCUAUGCAUGCGCAGCCUCCGAUGCUGUGAACAAAGCUGGCUUUGACGGUGUCGAAAUCCACGGUGCGAAUGGAUACCUCGUCGACCAGUUUCUCCAGGACUUGUCCAACCAGCGCACGGACGAAUAUGGGGGUAGCAUCGAAAAUCGUGCUCGAUUCGGGUUAGAGGUCAUCGAUGCUGUUGUCAAGGCCGUCGGGGCAGAGCGCACGGCUAUUAGGGUGAGCCCGUGGUCGACAUUCCUGGGCAUGCGCAUGGAGGAUCCCGUCCCCACUUUCUCGUACUACGUCUCCCAGAUCAAGCAGCGACACCCAGACCUCGCAUAUAUCCAUCUUGUGGAGCCCAGGGUUUCGGGCAUUACAACCAGGAGUCUCGAGGAAAUGGAUGCGUGCGAGUCUAAUGACUUUAUACGCCACAUAUGGGCACCGAGGCCUCUCAUCUCAGCGGGAGCAUAUACUAGAGAGAGCGCGAUGGAGACUGCUGAUAUCAAAGGAGAUAUUAUCGCGUUUGGGAGAUAUUUCAUUUCGAACCCGGACAUCACUAUAAGACUAAAGAAGAACUUACCCCUUACGCCGUAUAACCGUUCAACGUUCUACUUGACUGGGGAAGUUGCCACAGGAUAUAUAGACUAUCCCUUUUACUCCACUGAAUAG